UUCUUUAUGUGCCUGUCUCCCCAAACUCCAACCCUUUUUCUCCUCUCUCUCUCUCCUCUCUCUCUCUCUCUCUCUGCAACAACCAGAUCUCACUUCAUCUGUCACUGCUGUACGCAUCUCACAUUCUCACUCACAUUCUAUUCUACUUUAGGGUUUCUACAUUUCCUCUCCAAAUAUCCACCGUUUCCAUUCCAAUCUCCAUCUCAAUACUUAAAAAACCAAACAACAGUAAUGCAUGUUUGAUGUUCCCCAGUGUUUUCUACGGCGUCGGUGCUACUGCUGAAUUUCACAGUAGUUCGCGCCCAAGAUCCGACAAUGGCGAUCGAGUCAGGAUGAGGAACAUCGCUGUGUUGCUGUAGACGUCUGCUAGAAAGUCUGCCCGCAGCUGGGAACACUCUGCUUCUGCCGACGAACUCCUCUCUUUUCUGGAUGCUCUGGUGUGAGGAACAAUGGGCAAGUUUGUAGGUGGAAAGGACACUGGAUCAGGGGUUUUGGAACGCUCGUUGAAGCUAUGGUCUUUGGUAAUUGAGAGUGUGCGGUGUCGAGGAGGCCACCAAAGACGUGAGCAGAAGAAAGUCAAAGUGAAGAAGCACUCUGGAUCAGAAAGGUUGUCAGAGCUUUUGAAGCAGCAGGAGUGGUGGGAAAAUGGCGAGGAGCAGGAGGAGGUGAGGAAGAAAGAGCAGGUUCUAGAAGGGCUUAAGAAAGUGGCCAAGAAGUUGCAGCAGCAGAUAUCAAUGGAGGAAAUGUUGGAAGGUGCUACUGAGGUUAGGAAGCUGACCAAGGACAACCCACAGAGCAGGACUACUCUGGCACUGCUCGGCGUCAUACCCCCGCUUGUCAGCAUGCUUGAUGAUCAAGAUCCCACCUUUGUUAUUCAGAUUGCUGCUCUUUAUGCCUUGCUCAAUCUUUCCAUUGCCAAUGAUGCGAACAAGGCUGCCAUUGUAAAAGCCGGUGCCAUCCAUAAAAUGAUAAAGCUCAUUCAAUCUCCAAACGAGGCGGCUAACCAUCUGGCUCUCUCCGAAGCAGCAGUUGCCAAUUUUCUCGGAUUGAGUGCUCUGGACUCUAACAAACCCAUCAUCGGAUCUUCUGGCGCAAUCCCUUUUUUGGUGCACAUCCUCAAAGAUCUCGAUAAAACUAUUAGUCCUCAAGCUAAGCAGGAUUCGAUGCGAGCACUAUGCAACCUCUCCAUCUCUCCUCCAAACAUUCAUGUGAUGCUAGAGACCGAUGUGAUCCCAUAUUUGUUCGCAAACCUUGCAGAUAUGGACUUAGGCGAGAGAAUACUUUCUAUCCUUAGCAAUAUUGUGUCUGUUCCAGAAGGCAGAAAAGCAAUAAGCACCAUCCCGGAUGCAUUCCCAAUCCUCAUAGACAUUUUCAAUUGGGUGGAUUCCCCCGGAUGCCAAGAAAAAGCAUCUUAUAUCCUAAUGGUGAUGGCCCACAAGUCUUAUGGAGAUCGGCAGGCCAUGGUUGAUGCUGGAGUCGUUUCAUCAUUGCUUGAACUGACUCUUCUUGGUAGCACAUUGGCCCAAAAAAGGGCCUCCCGGAUAUUGGAGUGCUUGAGGGUCGAAAAGGGUAAGCAAAUCUGUGGAGGAGGAUCAGCCUCGAAUAUCACACUGUCAGCUCCACUUUACGGGACGGACCGGCAGAAGCAGGCUCUGGAAGAGCAAGAGGAGGAACAGCAUGAGGACGACGAGAUGAUGAGCCAAGAGAAGAAAGCGGUGAAGCAGUUGGUGCAACAGAGUUUGCAGAACAACAUGAACAGGAUGGUGAAGAGGGCUAAUCUUCCCCAUGAUUUUGUUCCUUCCGAUCAUUUCAAGGCUGCUCUUGCCCCGAGUUCGACGUCUAAGAGCCUGCCGUUUUGAAGGUACUUGAAUAUUUAUUUUAUCUCUGUGUAUCUAUUAUCAUCAUCGUUUUCCUUGGAAUAAUCCUGCAAAGUGAACAUGGUGAAAAGGGUAGUAGGAGGUGUUUUGUGGCUAUUAUGAAGUUUGGGAAAGUAUUAUAAGUUUGUUGAGCAGUGACUUUUUUGGAGUAUUUUAUGGUAGUUUUGGUAAUUGGUAA